AUGAAACAAGGAGCAGCUUUACCUGUACUGUUCGCCAAUGGACGAUCAUAUUCGAAUACUUCAUUAGGUCGAGCAACAUCCAACGUUAGUCUAUCAUCUUCCAUUAGGCAAGUGUUUCUCGCCAAUUCUUGUUUGAAAAAUGCUGUACAAUAUCGUCUUCCAUUGAAGAAACUUAAACCUGAACCAUGGCAACGACUUUUUUAUGUUAAAAAACAACAAGAGUCAACAAUAAAGCAAAAUAAUUCAAAUCCUGAUUCGCUUAUAAAUAAGGAUUUGUUUGCUUCAUUCAAUGAACAUUCUAAUUUUGAUGAAAACUCUCAAUGUUCUUCUUUGCCUGGACCAAUGCAAGGACAUUUGGAUCAUGUAUAUGAACAAAUGAAUGAAAUAACAUUACAAUUAGCUGAAGAACGUCUUAAACACAAACAAACACAAAUCAAAGCUGAAGAAAUACUUUUCAAUCAAUUACAAGAUCAUGAGAAACGAUUUCAAGAAUUACAAAAGCAUCAAUUACUUGAUCAUAAAAAAAAAUUGAAAGAACAAGAAAAGAAAUUUUUGGAAUUAUUGAAUGAAAAACAAAUGCAAUGUCUUAAACGUGAAGAACAAUUAAGAACUGAACUUGAAUUUGUAAAACAAUCGUUUCAUACAUAUAAAGUUGCCCUGAAAAAAGAGAAUGAUGAAAAACUUCCAAUGAAACUACCUGAAGUAUUAAGAACAAUGAAAAAAGAACAACCGAAGAAAAAAGAAGAUAUUGAUAGAAAAAUCCAUGAAGCUGUUAUGAACGAACGGAAAAAUAUUAGUUUUAGACAACAAAACGAAAUUGAAGAAAUACAAAAACAACAUAAAAAAGAAAUUGAAACUCUUCAAAAAACCAUUGUCGAUACAGCUGUAGAACGUGAACAUAUAGAAUCUUUGAGUAAAAACUUAACAUCAACCAAACUUGAACUUGUUGAAACAAAAGAACGUGCAGUUAAAUUAGCUACGAAACUGAACGAUCUUAAAAUUCAACAUAAUGAAACAAUUCGAGAAUUCAAUGAAUAUCGUUUACGUUCUAAUGAAAAAACGAAACAACCUUGA